AUGUCUUCUGGUUUCAUUUCCAUUUCGAGUGUCGUGGUUGCUGUUAUCCUCGUGGGCAGAGCCUGUAAAGUCUCACUCUGUGACGACACCAGCACAGAUACAGUGAGUGGGGAGGCUGCAAGUUUAGAGAAAAGUUAUUGUGAUCGGGGCUGGGAUCAGUUUGAUGUCAAUGAAGCACUGUUUGGUGCAGAGAGCACCUUCGACGAGGAAUUUUAUACCACGAAACUCGAGAGGAUUGGCAGAGAGAUUGAGGGUGAAAGCACCCGAGAUAUUCACAUAGCAGAGCACCUUAAUCAGGAAAGAGGCCUUCAGCUUAAUGAUAAAUUUGAUGUGGAUGAGGAAGCCAAAUACUCAUCAGUCUGCAGGGUUGAGGGAUAUGAUGAUGAGGAAGAAAUGUUAUUGGAUUCACGUGACAAUCUGACUUUCGGUGUUACAUCUGCUUCUGAUGGCAACAAAGCUUCAAGUGGUGUCAAAGCAUAUGACGAAGCAUGGGUACGGUUUGUUGCCCUUCAGUGGUCGUGGCCCUGUUUACUCGGAGAAACUUGGGGACGGAUCAGAGCUCUUCAAUCUCCGACGAGAAUGCUCGGGAGCGUCCUGUUUGUUUCAGGCAGAAUUAAGGCGUGCUUCUGUCGUAUGUUUAUAUAUACAUAUGUUCACGACAUCUCAAAGGGCGAUUUAGCGACAGCAUCAGAUGAAUUUGCUCACACGGGCAAACUGCCAUAACUUAUUACCAGGGAAUUGUCCUAUAGAUCUACUCUAUGUCAUCAAUUGUGAAUUUGUUUUGAUAUCCCGAAAUUGAAUAUUUUUUUCCAAUCUUAAUAUAAUCGAAUAUUUUAAUAGUU